AUCGUCAUAGUCCCCACAUGACUUGUGGCGCGCCCAGUCGAAGCGGCCAUCGUGCGAAUUGCAACCGCUACAACUGCAGACACAUGUACCGAUAAAUCCGAUAAUACUGGAUAAUCUCUGUGGAUAAUACGACUCAAGACAUGGCAGCGGACGUAGUGAGCCAAAAAGAAAGGGCCGAACAAGCUACAAAAGCUGGUGAAGACUUCGCCAAACUGUUCUACGAGACUCUGGAAAAGCGCAGACACCUUUUGGCGAAUCUGUUCCUGGAGAACGCGACUGUUUUGUGGAACGGAAACGUUUUCAAUAACAAGGCGGACAUCGGCAAGUUCUACGAAUCCCUGCCUGCGUGCGAGGCCCAAUUGAUAUGUGUGGACUCUCAGCCCAUCUGGAAUGAAUUCGUCCAGGGUCAAACAACCAUCCACGUUGCUGCAGUGGGCCAGGUGAAGUACACUGGAAAAUCCUGGACUCCGUUCACAGAAUCGUUCGUCUUAACCGCACAAGGAACGGUGUGGAAGCUUGUGGUGGAUACGUUUCGUUUUCAAGAACCUGUCUCCGGCUAAGCAGCACAUAUUGAGUCUGCAUUUUUGUGUAUUCACAAUCACAACGACUGUCUUUUCUGUUCUGGUGUUGGGCGCUAGCUCGACUGUGACCAUUGCCUCAUCGAAGAACAUCUGUUAUUCGGUUCCUCUCUGUAAAUCCAAUGAUGUUUGCCCGCAUCGGGCGUUUCGAUCAAUGAAUAUGCUAUUUAAAAUGUG